CAGUGUUUGGAAUUUUCUCUGGCGGCAUCCUGUGUGGGCUACUAAGCUGAAGGCCUUCACGUCAUCGCCCCGCCCCCUCUCUCUCUGCCGCCGCUCCGCCAUCGCAGGAGUCGCCGCCUCGGCCAUGCCUUCGCACAAAACCUUCCGCAUCAAGCGCUUCCUCGCCAAGAAGAUGAAGCAGAACCGGCCCAUCCCGCAGUGGAUCCGCAUGAAAACCGGCAACAAGAUCAGGUACAACUCCAAGAGGAGACACUGGCGAAGGACCAAACUGGGCUUGUAAAAAGAUUCACUACCAUUGGCACAACAUCAGCUGUAACUCCCAAUUUUUAUCUUCUACCAAGUGGGGGAAUGGCAUUGAAGAUCGGAUUUAUCCACUGCAGGGACAAAAUUUUGUUUUUUUUCUAUUGUAGAAAAAUAAAAUUAUUAAAAUGUU